AUGUUCCUAUUUUCACGUGAAAUUCUACUAAUUUUCUCCUUAUUCCUGUUGGUUACCGCCUUUCCAAUAGAUCUAGAGGGAUUCAUGGGAUCAUUGAAGGAACUAAAUCCACCAUUUGCAACAUCUUUUAUAAAUUGUAACGAUGUAGAUUUUGGUAUGGGAAGAUCUGAAGAAGUCCGGAAUAUCAAGAAGCUCUUCGGCUGCACUUACAAUUCAUGA